GAGCAAGAGAACAACAACAAGAGAAGCAACGCAAAAGAAAUAAACAAACAAAUUUGCGGCGUGAGCAACAGCAACAGACAAACAAAGGAAGCAAAGCAAAGAAAGAGCGAGUGUCGUCGUCUAUGUUGCGGUGAGUGAGAGCCGCCAAUCUCUCUCUCUGCCUCAGUCACAGUCAAAGUCAAAGUCAAAGCUUAGCAGCUGUAAAAGCUUCAAAUAACAGCAACAAUAACAACAAGGCGACGCGCACUUCAUGCAGCAAAAUAAGAAACAGCGCAAAACAUCCCCCUGGUCAAUAUGAGCGCCCUUGACGCCUACCCCAAGCGACCGGCAAAAGCAGCGACCAGGACGAGCUCCAGUCAGUCCAGCGAUUCGGCAACGGCGGACUGUGAUGAUCUCAAAACAGACAUUCCCUACUUUGAUGAUCCGCAGCCGCCAGAUGUUGAUCAGCAGCAGCAGGAGCAGCGUCGUUUUACGUCCGCUUGGUCACCGGAAAAUGAUACAGAGCUGGAGCUUGGGCCGGAGCCCCAACAAGGAGACAACGACUUGGAUUUGGAUGAUAGCUAUGCGGAUUCGGAUUAUGGGGCCGGAAGCAGUGCCGCCAAUAGUUAUUAUCAUUCACCAACGCCCUCCAAUAGCGAUAUAAUGCUGCGCCCGCCAUCCAGCUCGAGUUUUCAAUACAAUUAUCCAUCGCCGGCAACAGGACCGAGUUCUUCUAGCGGUCUUGGUAGCCUCAGUCCCGGCACCAGCAGCACCAGUAACAGUACCAGUACCAGUGUUGGUGGUGGUGGUGGUGGUGGUGUUGUCGGUGGCAGUGGGCAACUCCAUGCCGCCUAUUUACAUUCCCAGACGCUGUCGCUACCGCCGCCGCCGCCGUCAACAACUAGUUUCUAUCCAAACAUGUGGCAUCCAAAUGCGCCGUAUAGCAAUGCCGCCAAUAGCCACGCCUAUCAGCGCUAUGGUGGCUUCAAUAUGCAACCAGGUGCAGUUGCGUAUGCGUAUGGCCAUCCACAUGCGCAACUGCAUCAUCAGCAUCAACAUCCGCAUCAACAUCAGCAUCACCAGCAUUCGCAUUUGCUAUCGCAUCAUCCGCAUACGCCAGAGACGAUGAUGGAAAUGUUUCAGCUCUCGAAUAGCGGUCGCGAGGCCCGUAACCGGGCAGAGAAGAAUCGUCGCGAUAAGCUGAAUGGCUCUAUACAGGAGUUAUCCACAAUGGUGCCGCAUGUGGCAGAGUCGCCCCGGCGUGUUGACAAGACGGCGGUGCUGCGAUUUGCUGCACACGGGCUACGGCUCAAAUAUGUGUUUGGCAAGAUGCUGCAUGAACAUCAUCCCCAAAUAACAGACACGCUGAUGAGUAUGCUGGAUAGCUUUUUUCUCACGCUUACUUGUCAUGGCCAAAUACUGUUAAUAUCGUCAAGCAUCGAACAACAUCUGGGCCACUGUCAGACGGACCUGUACGGCCAGAGCAUAUUGCACAUCACACAUCCUGAGGACCACGAAAUGCUCAAGCAACAGCUCAUACCCACCGAGCUCGAGAAUCUCUUCGAUGCGCAUGCAGAACCAACAGAUGGCGAUGGUGAACCGCGCCAGAGGAGUAAAUCCGAGGAGGAAUACAUUGAUCGCAAGUUGCGUGAUGAUAAGCGCAGUUUUCGUGUGCGAUUGGCGCGCGCUGGUCCUCGCUCAGAGCCCACAGCCUACGAGGUGGUGAAGAUCGACGGCUGCUUUCGGCGAAGCGAUGAGGCUCCUCGAGGUGCACGCUCCAACACGUUUAGCUCCAGCCUGCAACUGAUACGACGCACCCGUGGACGUGACGAUGCUAUUCCGUUGCACACAAUUAGUGGCAAUGAUAUUGUGCUGACAGCGUGUGCACGCAUCAUUAGGCCGCCAAAGAUCGUGAAUCGUCUAUUCGAUGCCAACACAUUGGAGUACCGCACAAGACAUUUAAUCGAUGGGCGAAUCAUCGAUUGCGACCAACGUAUCGGUAUCGUUGCCGGUUACAUGACGGACGAGGUGCGCAACCUGAAUCCCUUCACCUUCAUGCACAAUGAUGAUGUCCGUUGGGUAAUUGUUGCCCUGCGUCAAAUGUAUGACUGCAACAGCUCAUAUGGCGAGUCCACCUAUCGCCUGUUCACGCGUAAUGGCAACAUCAUUUACCUGCAGUCCAAAGGAUUUCUGGAGAUCGACAAGGAGACGAACAAGGUGCACUCGUUUGUGUGUGUCAAUACGCUCCUGGACGAUGAAGAGGGCAAGCGGCGCGUUCAGGAAAUGAAAAAGAAAUUCUCAGUGAUUAUCAACACGCAUAUACCGCAAUCAACAAUCGAUGUGCCCGCCUCGGAGAAUCCCGCCCAGCUGGAAAAGGCUGUCCUCUGUCUGAUACAUAAUUUGCAUCCCAGCAACAAAAUCACCUUUCGGCACGAUGACCAUGAUGACGAUGAUAAUGAGAUCGAGGAUAGUUUAGCAAGCAUCGCUUCUAUAGGCCAGUUAUCGUAUCGCCAGAUGAACGAACACCAAUCGCAAGAUCAUGAGCAACAUCAGCAGCAGCAUCAUCAUCAAUCCCAUACACAAAACACAUACUUGGAGAGUCCAAUGUCCCAAGCGCGACUCAGCGCUGGCCAUGGUAUGAGCAAUGCCAAAACACCGCCACUGGCACUGGUUCCACCCGAAACGGCAUCGGUCAAGUCAUCGAUAUCCAAGAGUGUCAGCGUGGUCAACGUAACCGCUGCAAAGCAUCUCCGAGGCAUGCAUUCAGCCACUGCUGUCAAAUCUCCAGACACCAAGUCAACAGUCACCAUGUUGGAUAGCUGCAGUUGUUUCGAUGCCGGAGAUAUGGACUGCGACUAUUGUCAGGGCCCCCUUACGCCCGAGACAUGUCAGAUGAUGAGCAGCAGCUCCAUUAACCUGAAACGCACCAACAGCGCCGCCCAAAAUGUCCAGGAUGAUGUGAAGUUGGCCAAGCGACGCUUCAUGUCCAAUACAGAAGAUAUUCAAGAUGUGCUAAGCAGUUCGCUGGAGCAGAUCAAGAGGAACUUGAACCAGCAACGCAAUGUAGGAGAACAGCUGCGCGAUCAGUUAAAUCGCUAUGAGCUGCAAGAUGCCAAUCAGCGGAUUGAUGAGAUCAUGGAGGAGCAUCAAAAGCAAAGUAAACUCUACGUGGACAUCAAGAGCGAAUACGAGGAGCUAAAAAACAAGAGCAACACAACCAAGUCGGAAUCCGACUCUCAAGGCAACGCCAUAGGAGAUGGAGGCGUCGGCAGCAGUGGUUGCGGUGGCGUCGGCAGCGAAAUUGGACAAAUGUCGCCACACUAAGCGGUGCAAGAAAUACAGCUAAGGCAGAGUAUAAACAGAGGGUUUCAGCUGAUGUGAUAAAUGUGGCAGCCAACAGCAAACGCUAGAAUAAGCUCAAAAUGGAAUGCAAAGCAUAUUGUAGCCACGAGCUGGAGAGCAAGAAAGCGACAAAGAGAGAGAGAGAGAGCGAGAGGGAAGAAACGAGAAAAAUUAAGAUGGAUAUAUCGGAGUUGAGCUACUACUUAAGAUGUUACUUUAGAGUGCUACUACAACUAUUUACAUAGGCGAUGUUAUUGAUAAUGAUGACUAUGAGGAUGAGGAUGAGGAUGAUACUCUUUUAUCCUUUUUAUGACACAAAUCGAACUAAUGAGUGAGCAUGCAACAAAACUACUUUAGAUGGGGUCGUGGACUCGCCCAGCGGCUGUUUAUGUAAUUUCUUUAUUACAACUACAUAUAUAAAUAUUCUUUUCCUUUUUUUUUACAUAUGUUAUUCGUAUGUAGUGAGCACUAUAUGCAUACACACAUACCUACAUAUAUAGUUAAUAGUUAUAGUUAAUUAUAUAGUGCAAAGUGUUUGUUAAUUCAUAAAAAUUUAUAGUCACGCACAUACACACAAAACAACAAAUUACAAAACAAUUAUAAUUAUUAGAUUAUUAUACAUACCUACGUACCACACAUAAAUAUAUGUGUACAUACAUAUGUAUAUGUAUAUGUACAUAUGUAUGUGCAUAUUUAUAUAGACGUAUAAAUACAGAUGUACAUAGGACACUGUCUUUGACUAUGAGGCAUUGACAGGGGUGCGAAUGUUUUAUGCAUUAUAUUACCAUACAAACUAAACGUGAUAAAAGACUGUUACUAUUAAUGUUAGAAUUAUGUGAGCCUAUAACUAAAUUAAAUAUAUAUAUAUAACUUAAAUCGGUAUCAUUUAAAUGGGAUAGUUGAUGAACAUUUACGUUUUACGUUAGAUACAACAUUUUAAAUAUGUUGAUAUACAUACAUACAUAUAUUGCAUAAAUGUUUUGAAUGUCUUACGCUCUAAGAGAACUAGCAUAAAUGACCCUUCUCCCAACACUCCCCCCGUCCACAAUCCCAUAUCCCACAAUUUGUUAUGUGAAUAGGUGAAUAAAUGUUAAUGCUACAAUAUGGAAUAUACAUGUAUACAUACUUUUUAGAGCGCAAAAACACUCAAUACCAAAAUAUGAAUGCGAAUUGUUGUUAAACUCAGGGCAACAAUAAAACAAGCGCCAAGUACAAUUUACAGCAACAUAUGUAACUACGAUAUAUUAACUAAAUAAAGUGAAUUGAAUUUGAUGUAAACAAAAGUAAGAGAGAUACAAAAAACAUAAUUGUUAAAUGUUUGUUAUGCAUUUGUUUUUUUUAAAUAUUUUUAUUUUGUUUGUUUUUUUUCAACCUUUUUUAUUAUUUUCAAAUUACUAUUAGACUAAUUGAAUAGUGAAAUAAACUUGAGUACCUAUGUAUAAAAUAUAUGUAUUUUUAGUGUAUAUAUAUAAUAUAUAUUUAUAUUACGAUAUAUAAACACUAAAAACACAUGCUUGUGUGUAUGAUACUAUAUAACUAUAUACAUAUAUAAGUAGAUCCAAUAAAUGUUUCGGACACGUGUGAACACUUUUAGGGCAAGGCAAGUUAACUAUCUGAAAUACGGUAAUACUUGUAUUUGUUAACCGCUACUAAAACAAAUAAAAUAAAAUAA